UUUUAUUUUCCCCCUCCCAGAAUAGCAAACUGGCCGAUUCCUUCCAAGCCAUUUCCAGCUCGUAAACUCGCACAAAUGGCGUCUCUCUGUUCGCACAGCUGAUCUGACUUACAUACAUAUAUAUAUAUACACUGCGAAGGGCUUUUUCAGCGCAGCAUUUGCUAUUGCAUGAAAUGUAACGUGUGGUAAUAUAACUGCAAUGCCUGCGUAGCGUUAGAAAGGGACGGCGCCCAGUUGCUAGAAGAGACCCCGGGGUCUAUUGUUAUUUCCCGCAGAAGAUCGCCUUCAAAGCCGCAUGCAAAGGUGGUGCUCGGAAUACUCUCUUCGUUAAUGAACGACGUGGCAGACCUGUGCCUGACGUGGAUGGUCUUCCAGGACCCGACGCCGCUCAGCGCCAUGACCCCCACCAGGUACCGGCCCAACUGGGAGCUGUCCCUGGACCCGCUGGUGACCUGCAAGCUGUGCCUUGGAGAGUUCCCCAUGGAGCAGAUGACCGCCAUCAGCCAGUGCCAGUGUGUGUUCUGCACCCCGUGCCUAAAACAGUAUGUGGAACUUUUGAUCAAAGAGGGCCUUGAAACUGCGAUAAGCUGUCCAGAUUCUGCUUGUCCAAAGCGAGGACAUCUUCUGGAAAAUGAGAUCGAAUGCAUGGUUCCUGCUGAAACUAUGCAGCGGUUCAGGAAACUGCAGUUUGAGAGGGAAGUUCUGCUAGACCCGUGCCGGACCUGGUGCCCAUCAUCAUCCUGCCAGGCUGUGUGCCACCUCACAGAGGCCCCUGGGGCACAAUCCGUCCGCUGCUCUGCCUGCAGCCUGGAGUUCUGCUCCGCGUGCCGCGCAGCCUGCCAUCCGGGCCAGGUGUGCAAGGAGAACCUGCCAGUCAGUGCCUCAGUGCCUGGGGAGACCAGCAAUCCCUUUUAUAAGACUGAGGAGGACACGCCAAUCAAGCGCUGCCCCAGGUGCAAGGUGUAUAUCGAGCGCGACGAGGGCUGCGCCCAAAUGAUGUGCAAGAACUGCAAGCACGCCUUCUGCUGGUACUGUCUGGAAUCGCUGGAUGAUGACUUCCUUCUUAUACACUACGACAAGGGCCCGUGUCGUAACAAGCUGGGCCAUUCCCGCGCCUCGGUCAUCUGGCACCGAACGCAGGUAAUAGGCAUUUUUGCCGGCUUCGGCCUGCUUCUCCUCGUCGCAUCACCCUUCCUCCUCCUCGCCACCCCCUUCGUCCUCUGCUGCAAAUGCAAGUGCAGCAAGGGCGACGACGACCCACUGCCCACCUAGGGCCGUGCCCGAGGGGGGGGUCACGUCAUGCGGCUUCUCCUGCCGCCUUUUUCAUUUCCUCCUACCAGCCCUUGGUUUGGCGGGAGGACCGGCAUGAUCCAAGCCAGGUUUUUUUUUUUAAAUCCGCCCCUCCCCUGUUAUGCUGUUGGUGGGCGUGGCUAAGGAGGACUGUGUUUGAAAGGGGCGGAGCUGCUCUGUGUCCAUGGCAAAGAUCAGUAACAGCAGUGAGGUACAGGAAAGUAUGAACUUGCUCCCUGGUGCUUGGUUCUGGUGUAUUACCAUUGUUCUGCUGAGUUACCAGGGGCUGCCUGAGCUGUAAAGGUGUGGUUCUCACUGUGCUGUUGAGGUAAAUAGAAGCCUGCAAUGACACUGGGACUCCCAAACAGGAAUCCAUCUACACUGGAGCCCAAGGAUGAGUUGAGGUUUACUCUCCAUCUGCACUAUGUAAAGAGGAACUGAUUUUACUGUUUUUUUUUUUUUUUUUUUUUUUUUUCCUCUUAUUUUUCUUUCUCUGACUUCAAAGUAGUUUUUGCCAUCUUUAGUUGAUGUCCACUUUACGGAGGAUAAGUGCAUUUUUUGCAUUAAGGUGAUUUCUCCAAGUUAGGCAUACAUGCUUUUAUUCCGGUGUCAAACUCGUAAGUUCUUAAAACUUUAAAUAAAUUCAGAUGAGUAUUUUCACCUUUUGAAAGCAGUUUUUCUAGUAGUCUUGGUACAGUUGUUUCCUAAAGUGGUAAAGUCUGGUCGCCCUUAAAGACACCCGUUUGAUUAUACCAUAUACAGACUAAUUCUGGUCAAUAUUCAAUCUCCUCCUGUUGCUGUAGGGUGUACUACAAAGCAAGUUUUACAUGCCCGGAGUUAACUUAACAGAGCCAGGUUAACUAAUCCUGACUGUUAUAGUCUGCUUUAAAUGGUACUAUGAUGGUGCUUAUUGGUCAGUUGACUGAGUUUCUUGAUUGGAGUGUGUCCGCAUUCACACAACACGGGUGAUGUCGGCAUUGCAAACUAACCAUGCUAACUAAGAGCCACCGUUUUGAUAGGUAGCAAAUUACCCCCCUUCCCCUGCUUGGCAAAUUGUUUUCGUUAGCACCCCCACCUGGUAUAACUUGGUAUCUGACUGAAGAUGUUCAGAAGUAUCGGCCAUCCCUACUAUUUCAAAAGGACAGCUCAUAUUAGGCUAUGUUUUAUAUUUUUGGAGAAAAAGCAGUUUGCGUAUAUGUUUUUGUCGAAAGGGCGAAACUUGCACCUCUUAAGCUGGAAGUCGCGCUUAAAUCUGCUAAACUGGCUUUGUAGUACAGCCCUCAGGUGUACUUGCUAUGAUUAUGUGGUUUUAUAAAUAGACACGCUGAAGUAUACUUAUUUGGUAGUGUAACAUCAUAGACCCUUGUACUGGUUUCACAGUUUGACAAGAAAUGUCAUGUUGGCUUCUUUCGUACCGUGAAAUACAAGGUCAACAAAUUCAGGGAGAGGUGAGUGGUUCUCCUCAGCUCGCUCAGGGUAAACUGGCCAUGCAGCUGCCCGUCACAAGCUGUGAUGCACAUACAUAACUGCAUCCAUCAGCUCCAUCAAUCCUGGAGGUGGGAGGGGCACCACCACACAGCACCUGAUACACGGCAGCCGGAUUUUACUUUCAUCCAAUCAGCUGAGCUGUAGCAGUUAGAACAUUUUUUUCCAACCAGUCAACAUGGGUGUAGCAAAUAAGUAUGUGGCAAUUAACAAAAAUUUACGGAAGAUUUAUGUAGUGUUUUUAUUAAGGUCAAAUUAGGACUGAAUAAGUGCCCAAUGAUUCUCCUGACCUUAAGUAUGUUUUGGAAUAUUUGUUUUUUUGUUUAAUGCACUAUUUUUGAGCAUGUUCUGCAGCUAUAUGCACAUGUUGAUGUCUCUCCACACCUGUAGCCUGGAGAGAAAUGUGUAGUUGUAACUGUUUGACCACACCUUUUUGUUUUUUAGUAAAUCUGCAAAGCAUUCUGCAGGGUACAUGUGAGCUUAAUUAUGGUUGACCCAAGGUUGCAUAUCUUACCUCAUUUUCCCUCUUUCAACCCUGAAGUUCCAUCUAUCCCAGGCAGUAUGGAACACAAUGCUGCAGUUCACCCUGGUCAGGAUGCCAGUCCAUUGGGCACACAGACACAGUCAUAUGCUUUGAACAAUUUAUUGAUGCCUAACUGUACAUAUGUGUGCAGGGAUAUGCACGCACGCACACUCACAGAUCUGUACUCGUCCCCAUUCAUUUCUAUGAGCAAAACCCUAAUCCCAGCAUGACAACCUUAACCCCUACCCAGCCCUAACCUUAACCAAACAAAAUUCAAGACUUUUGGCUUUUUUGAUUGCAGUCACAGAUUUUUAUAUGAUUGUCCCUACAAGAGGUAACAAUAUCAAAAUUAUUUUUAAGUUUAACACACUGUGGGGUCAUGUCACCACAAUGUAAUAUAUGCAUACCCACACGCACACACAGGGCAGAGCAGAAUUCAACCCCCAGCCCUAGAGAAGCGUACUACCCAAACAUCCUUCCAUCCCCCAAAAAAACACAUUCUCCUGUAUCUGUGUCAUGGUGAGACUUGCCACGUUCUACUCAUGCUUUGGAUGGGCGAUCCUUCAAGGUUCCUAUGGUAACACUAGGAUGAUGCUCCUGUGGUCGUCCUGAGCUUUGGCUGGGUGCUUUGGACCUGGGGGGGAGCAGCCAUUGUUAUGCUGUGAUACUUAAACCAUCCGAUUCGCCAUCAUGGACUCUGUGUCAUUGUCAUUAUGUACAGAUCCUGUAAUACUGCGCAUUUAGAUGUAAGAAAAGCUCAUUGUAGACAAGCAGAGGUGUUUUGCCGAAUCCCUCCAUAUUUUAUUUUUAUUAAAGCAGUACUUAUCCCUUU